UUUUCCUCGGUGUUUUCGUUUAUCAUUUAUCAUGUCCGGCGGAGAUCGGGAGAAGCUGCGUCUCUUUAUAGCCGCCAGUAGGAGGCGCUUGAGCGACCUCCUGGAGCGCUUAAACUGGAGCGAGCAGGGGGUGAUGGAGGCCAGAAGUGGACACAUUUCGGAGCAGAAAGCUGAGACAGUGGAGCAACUGCCCGCCUCCUGCUGCUUCAACCCCGCCUUCAGCGUUCAGCUCGACGACGCAUCUGUCCAGCAAAUUGUUGGAAAGAAUGCGGGCCAGCCAAGUGGCGCUACCUGCUUUGAAGAUCUUCAGGUGGCACUCAAUGCGCCAAACAGGCUCCUCAUCUACGAGCACGUCCUCCAGCGCACUGCAAAGCAUCCGCAGUUCGAGGAUAAUGCCGCCUUUGCCGAGCUAGUGGGCGAGACCAAGCGGGAGGGGAAGAAGCAGCGUCGCCACCGCAAGAGCAAGCCCACGCUUAACGAGGAGUUGCACCAGCUUGUUAGCCUUCAGAUGCAGGCGCUGCAGAGGCAGUGGGAGCAGGACAGAGCCCGGAAGCAGGAACGCAAGCAGAGGGAGCGGGAGCACAGGAAGAGGGAGCAGGAGCACAGAACGAGGGAGCAGGAGCACAGAAUGAGGGAGCAGGAGCACAAAAAGAGGGAGUGGGAGCACAGGCACGCGGGCAGUCGAAAGAGGAGUCGGAGUCGCAGUCGCAGCCCUGAGAAGCAGCGCCAUGGACACAGGCGUCGGGAGGAGCGGAAGCCGCACAGGCAUCAUCAUUCCUACUCUUCUGGCUAUUAAAACGCGGAGUUUUCGCAUCUGUAGGAUGAAACACCUUGCCUACACCUCUGGUCAUUAAAACAGGGAGAGGAAACCAAUCACCAUCUGGACGUGGCGCACCAACAUCAAACACCGAAUACUGUGGUCACUAGAGGUCUUCCUAUGUUUAGCCGACUGUUUAUUUGGGUAUUCAGAUA